CUUCCACAAACUAUAUCUUCUGAAUGAUGUACAUGGCCUAGUCCUCAUACAUUUCCUCUAAUGAAGAAUGACCAGAAUUCCAGUGACGCUCCAUCGAAGAGCAGAGAAUCAACCCAAGAAGUACCUCAAGGUAGCAUUCUCGGUCCACAGAGAGGAGGCAAGACGCCUGAAAAAAAGAUGGCCAACAACUCAACAGUCGGCGAAGAGGCAUCAUCAUCAUUGUCGUUGCUGUCGAGCGACGGGGUAAUUUUAGAUGGCGAUCAAAUCCCUGAAGGAAUUUCUCGCAAUUUCGUCCGAUUGCCUGGGGAGGAUGGCACGGAUUUCUAUAAUCGUGUCACACACUUGCAUCACCAGCGCCAAAAGAUCCGACAAAUAGGAGACUUGUCUCUGGUAAAGAAUUUGACCGUUUUGUAUCUCUACGAGAACCGACUCGACUCCAUCGAGCGACUGGACAAUUUGGUCAACUUGCAAAUGCUCUACUUGCAACGGAAUCGGAUUCGAGUUCUCGGUGGAUUGAGCGGACUCAAGAAAUUAAAGAAGCUUUAUCUGUCUGGUAAUCGAAUCAGGAGAGUGGAGAAUCUGGAAAUGCUCACCUCCUUGCAAGAGCUGUACGUAGACCACCAACACCUCAAAGAAAAUGAGAAAGUGGAUUUUGAUCCCAGAACGUGCUUGUCUCUCAAAUCGCUUCAAGUGCUGAACACGUCCCACAAUCGUAUGGAUACUCUUCAGGAUUUGCAAAAACUAAAGUCAAUCGUGACUCUGGAUGCGAGCAAUAACAAUUUGGGAGCAGAUUCCAAAAUAGUGGAACAUUUGUCCAAAAUGUCCACCCUCCGAGAAUUGGAUCUCCGGGGCAAUCCUGCAGCUCGGGGAACCCGUCAUUGGGAGACCUUGGUAGGUGAAUGUGGACAUAUCUGUAACUUGAACGGAAAACCCGUCUCCCACACCACAAGGACCAUGCUCAAGAAUAUGAAAGCAAUGCUGUCCAACGCAAACUUGCCCGGUCCACAUCAAUCGAGUGGAACGAGGGAUCACACGAAGACUCGCAUGAAACUUUAACCAACAGUGUUUCAACCUGACAUGCUGCUGAAGGAAAUGCUUAGCUGUGGUGAAUAAGCCUACAAAACACGAAUGUGCUUCCGUCAACCCGAAGUGUUCACGCAAGCUGGAGAUAAUGAACCAACUUUUUUGUUCUCCACCCUCGAUUUAAAGUUUCACGGGAUAAUAACGCUUAUUAGUGGAGCGCUUCCGGACUGCAGGGAGCACUUUUUUAGCGAACGACGAGACGCAUACUACUUUCUCUCCCCCCCCCAAAAAAGACGAAUUUGGACAC